UGUGCCUACACAGUGAAUACAUUGUUUUUUUAAAGAAACAUGUAAUGGCGUAAUGAAAAACAAAAUCUACGUGUAAGUAAGUUGGUAAAUACACGGUUUCUAGGACUAUAAAUACACAUGUAAUGCAAAAAGCAUGGACUUCAAGUCACUAUCAGUGUUAACUUAAAACAGAAUGAGUUCUGCAUACAUGUUUUUCUUCAUUCUCGUUAGUUUGUUUGUCAUAUGCCAAGAAACUGAGGCCGGAAACGUGCUCCGUGGAAGUGGAGAGGCUUCAAAUGAGAUUUCGACGAAACCAUCUGAAAAAAUUAAUCCAAAUGAACCAGGCUGGAAAACAGCUUUGAGGUGGAUAAGGAAAACUCUCACUGCCAUGUGCACACUCAAUACUUACCUCGCCUACCUACCAUGGUACUAAUCAACUAUGGCAGUGUCAGACAUAUAAUGGAUUUAUACACACAUAUACAUUUUGUGACAUUUUUUUCCUGUAAUUUGUAAUCCUCUAAUUAAUUUAAUUAAUAAAUUUCAUCUUUCACACGUAUGUUGAUUGUUUUAAAUAACAAUUAAUGACUUGAGUGAUUAUUGAAACUAUUCACACACAGUAAAACUCAGUCUAAUUGUUCAAAUAUUUAGGAAUGCUGAAAAUCAGAUCGCGGGGUAACGCUACCAAAAACCUGGAAGUUUUAGGCAGUCGACGCCAUAUAAGCCAGGAAUGAUUUAUCCUCGACUCAGUGGUCACCAGGAUUGUGAGUCAGCAGGUUUGACGAUCACAUCAGUGGUUUAGUGAUAGAAUGCUCAUAAACUAAGCGCAUGGUCGGGGGAUCAAUCCUCAGCCUACGCACUCCUCAGCCUCUCUAAGCCUGUAAUAAGGCCGGUAAAGAUAGAAGGUGGGGCAUGCGGUUAGCUAGCAACCCCAUCGCGUAAAAAUAAAAUCAAUAUAACAGAAACUUCAAAGCUCUGACUAAUAGAUCAAUGUUCCAUUAGGAAUGUAAAUAGAGUUUGGCGACUACCUUAGUAGACUUCAGAGAUGAGACGAAGUCAAUCAAAAUUAGCGCUAAGAAUCAGAUAGUUGAUCACUGAAAGCUGUCUAGGCGACAAUCAAUGUUGUCAUAAGAUGCCAUAAAAAUAAAAUAACUUCAUAUAUAUAUUGUUUCGUUUUUGUAUACUACUUUGAAGAAUAUAAGUAUUAGCCUGAAUUUAAAAAAAGGAAAACUUUCAGUUUAGAGGUCAACAGUUAACAUUGAGGAGAGGACAACAGAUAUACAUGUAAUCCCAGGUUGUCAUUUUGUAAACGCAAGUUAAUUCCAUUUCAUCUUUACUACUGAAAAGUCAAUUUAUAAAUCAUAUGCUUAUUAUUAUGUAUUAUUUUAUUCAUUUACAUUCCCAGUGGAACAUAGGGAGCCUCCAAGCUACAGCUAUGAAGUUUCAGUACCAGUAGAGUUAAAUUUUACAGGACGGGGUUGCAAGCCUCAUGCCCAGCCUUCCUUCUCUACCUGUCAUAUUACUGGCUUGUCGAGGUAAGAGUGUGCGUUGGCCGGGGAUCGAACGCCGAACCAUAUGAGGCGUGGUUGACAAGCAUUCUACCGCUCUGCCACCGACUCACACUUAUAACUAAUGCUACCAACAAAUAUACAUGCAAACCUUUAGCAAAGAAUUAGCUUCAGUUAUAAAUCAUUGUUUAUUUUCAAGGCUUGAAAGAGUGUCAGUGCACCGAAUACAUUUAGCGUCUCUUCUUAUUCAUUUAUCACUGGCGGGGUGAUCAUUGUCAUGUAUAGAGUCUUUAGUUCUGGCUGAAUUUGGUCGAUUAUCCUCUGAUGUAUUUCGCCAUCAUUCAACGUCUGUUUGUAUAGGUCAAAUAUACUUGUCAAUAAGAAUGUCAGACAGGUCAAAAUCAGGUCAGUAAUUACCAAAGGAUAUCCGUGAAGAUAAAGCCACUUAUGUUUGCGUUAAAUACAAAUCAAAAUCCAAGUGUAUGGUUAUAAAUAUCUAGGACACAGUCAACAUUCGCACCAGUUGUCUCUGAAUCACCAGUCCACUACUCAACCAACUGACCUAUUGAAGAUAAUAAAUACAAGCUUGUAGUAGAAGAACAGGACGCCUUUCCUAAAUGGUAUAUUUUGUACUUUGAACUGACCCCAUGCUUUGAAAUUUUGCUCCACUUUUAACAACCUGACGAUUCAGUUCAAAGGAGUACCCCUAACAGGUGCCUGUUAUGGUGUAUGCAAUAAUAAUAAUAAUAAUCUGCUUUAUUCCAAAAACAGUACUUAUAAUACAGAAUGGAAUUCUCAUCAUUUGUCACAAUAUUCCAUCUGAUUUACUCAAAAUAAAAACGAAAUUAAAAAUAUAAAUAAAAUUAACCAGAGGAAUUUGUACACAUUUACAAUAUAAAGUCAAAGUAUCCGAAGAACGAAUUGAAAAUAUUAAAUAUAAUAAUAGUAAAAAUAACAGUGGGUUUGUUUAAAUUUUAUUGUCCAUUCAGUUUGGAAAGUUUAGCAUGUUAUAGACUAUUGAAUCUAAGGUUCUAUUGAAAUAGUUUGGU